GAGGGGGAGAGAGCGUGAGGCGUUGAGGUUGCUCAAUUGGAGGAUUUAGAGGCGAGGGGGGGCUGUUUAAAAAAAAACUUGGUGGAGGACGGGAGGGGGGGCGUUGAAGAAGCUUCUGCGGCCUAUCUCCCGGUCAUGGCGGUGGUAAAGCUUCAGCCCUGAGGAGGGCCAUGGGCAGGAGGACCCUUCUUCCCUCCGGCCGUUUACCUCAGGGGCCCGCUCCCCGUCUUCUCACCUGUCCGCCAAGAACACCUGUCCCCUCAGCGCGGCCCGCCAUGCUCUCCUGAGAGCUCCGUGUCUGUCUGCAAAGGCCAUGGAGAAGAGUUUGGAAAGCAGUUUCAGCAUCAACUUUUUGAAUCCACUGGUACUCUUCUUUAGAAAAUCUGCCAAGUGUCUGGGCCAUCUUCCUUUAAUCUACAUAUUUAUCUGCCUCAGUGCCCUCUCUUUCUGUACAGAUGGAAGCUGGAGCAGAAGUGCUUGCAAGUCUGGAAAGCCUUUGGAAGAGGGCAAUUUGAAGUCAUCAGAUAGUGUCCAACUCCAGCUGCUAGAAGGAUUGCACUCUAUCCACUCUUGUCAAGCUGCUUGUUGUCAAACCCCAGCCUGUGAUGCAUUUUGGCUCAUGGGCACUCUCUGCAUCCAGGUGAACUGUACUAACUCUCACAAGUGUCAGGAGAUCAGAACUGACAUGGUGGAUCCCAUCAUGGUCUUUGUAACAAAAUCUGAUCUUGAUGAUGUUGAUUCCCAACCUGCCAAAGAGAGGCAAGCCCAUCUUCCCAAGUGGUUGAACUGGAAGGAGAGACAUCAGAGUAAAUCAAGGAUACAGAGAUCCUUCAAAGAGCUGCCUGCUCACACAUUGCAUUUAGGAAAUGUCAGGGGAAUUUCUCUGAAGCGAGAUGUGGACUCCAGUGUUGGAAGCUCUAUAAACCAUCCAGCUCCAUCAGAAGCCUUGGAUAGAAUACCUACUCACAAGGAUCUUACAGAACCGCAGUCUUCAAGGCCAAAAGCAAACCUUUCAGGAAAUCAUACUAAAGUAGAAAAAAUCCUCCUGACAAAUGAUAAAGAUUCAAAAGAACUGAAACCCCAAAACCCAUCUUCCAACAGUGAUCCCAAGAACAGAGAGCAUGGCCUUGGUGGGAGUGGCUCCUUGGGGGCCCCUACAGGAGUUUCCACACCAUAUCCCUCUUCAGCAACCAUCUUCCCCAGUCCUGUUGGGAACUCUGAGAAAACCAGACCAUCCAACAAUGUUUCCAUCCAGACCUUCUCUUUAGAAAAAGCCAUCCCAACUUCUGGCAGUCUUAUGGGAAAAGAUUUGGGGGAGGUGCCACAAGUUAUCCCUGUUCCAACUGGCAUUCCCAUCAAUGGUAGUGUUACUGCAGUUCUUUCGGAUCCUGCUAUAGUACCUAGUACUCCUGCCCCAACACCAGUUAUUAAGAAAUUGACAGUUUCUGCUGGAGACAGUGUCCAGGUGACCCUGCCGAAGAAUGAAGUGGAAUUGAAUGCAUAUGCCCUACCUUCAUCACCUAAAGGAAGUAGCUAUUCCUAUGAUUGGAGAUUGAUUACGCAUCCAAAGGAUUAUAGCGGAGAGAUGGAAGGACAGCAUUCACAGAUUCUAAAGUUGUCCAAGCUCACCGUUGGCCUAUAUGAAUUCAAUGUGAUAGUCGAUGGUGAUAACGCCCACGGAGAAGGGAUGGUGAAUGUGACGGUUAAACCAGAGCCUCGAGUAAAUCAGCCACCUGUGGCCAUUGUGUCACCCCCAUUCCUGGAGAUCUCUCUUCCAACUACCUCAACAGUCAUUGAUGGCAGCCAAAGUACGGAUGAUGACAAAAUAGUCAGCUAUCACUGGGAAGAACUAAAGGGGCCUCUUCGAGAAGAGAAAGUAUCUGCUGAUACAGAUAUUCUGGAACUAACCAACCUGGUACCAGGAAAUUACACAUUCCGCCUCACUGUGGUAGAUUCUGAUGGGGCUACCAACUCCACCACCGCUAGCCUGACGGUAAACAAAGCGGUGGAUUAUCCCCCUGUGGCAAAUGCGGGCCCCAACCAAGUGAUCACUCUGCCUCAAAAUUCCAUCACCCUUUAUGGAAAUCAGAGCACAGAUGACCACGGCAUCAUCAGCUACGAAUGGUCCCUCAGCCCCAACAGCAAAGUGAAGGUAGCAGAAAUGCAGGGGGUAAGGACUUCAACUCUGCAGCUCUCAGCCAUGCGUGAAGGUGACUACACCUAUCAACUGACAGUGACAGAUUCUGCUGGCCAUCAGUCCACUGCUGAGGUCACCGUGAUUGUACAACCUGAGAACAAUAAACCUCCCAGGGCAGAUGCUGGUCCAGACAAAGAACUCAUCCUACCAGUGGACAGCACCACUCUGGAUGGCAGCAAGAGCUCAGAUGACCAGAAGAUUGCUUCCUUCCUUUGGGAGAAAACACAGGGCCCAGAUGGUGUGAAACUGGAAAAUGCCAACAGCAGCAUAGCCACAGUCUCUGGGCUUAAAGUAGGAGUGUACAAAUUCACGCUAACAGUCAAAGAUGAACGGAACUUACAAGGACAAAGUUCAGUUACUGUCAUUGUGAAAGAAGAGAUGAAUCAGCCUCCUGUGGCAAAAAUUAUGGGGAACACUGUCACCGUCACUCUCCCUACAAACACGGCAGAGCUUGAUGGGUCCCAAUCGACGGAUGACAAAGGAAUUGUCACCUUCCUGUGGACUCGGGAUGAGAGCAGCCCUGCAGCUGGGGAGGUGCUAAAUAAUUCGGAUCAUCAUCCUAUUCUAUUUCUCUCCAACCUGGUGGAGGGAACGUACACCUUCCAUCUAAAAGUGAUUGAUGCCAAAGGGGAGAGUGAUGUGGACCGAGCCACUGUGGAAGUAAAAGCUGAUCCCAGGAAGAACAACCUCGUGGAACUGAUCCUAGAUGUGAACGUCAGCCACCUGACGGAGCGGCAGAAGGGCAUGUUCAUCCGUCAGAUCGGGGUUCUGCUCGGGGUCCUGGAUUCAGACAUCACCGUUCAGAAGAUCCAGGCUUACACUGAGAAGAGCACAAAGUUGGUGUUCUACGUGCGGAAUCAGCCUCCUCACCAGAUCUUCAAAGGACGCGAUAUUGCAUGGACCCUGAAGAGUGAAUUGCGGAAGCAGCAAUCAGAUUUCCUUAUCUUCCGUGCACUGGAGAUCAAUACAGUCACCUGCCAGCUCAACUGUUCAGAUCACGGUCUCUGCGACUCUUUCACCAAGCGUUGCAUUUGUGAUCCUUUUUGGAUGGAGAACUUCAUCAAAGUGCAGAUUGGUGAUGGUGAAAGCAAUUGUGAAUGGAGCGUGCUCUACGUCGUGAUUGCAUCCUUUGUGAUUCUGGUCUCCCUUGGGAUCUUUUCCUGGGUGGUGGUCUGUUGCUGCAAGAAGAAAAAAGGGAAACCCAAAAGGAAGAGUAAGUAUAAGAUCUUGGAUGCCACGGAUCAAGAGAGUCUGGAGCUGAAGCCAAAUUCCAAAGCAGGCAGCAAGCAGAAAUCCCAAGCACAGAACACCAGCCUGAUGCAUUCGGAGUCUGAACUGGACAGCGACGAAGCCAUCUUCACUUGGCCUGACCGGGAGAAGGGAAAGCUCCUCCAUGGCCAGAAUGGCUUUCUGAGAAAUGGGCAGGUGAUGCUGAAGCCGAAAAACCAGCGGGAGGAGAUUCUAUAGCGGCAGGCCUGUGUCACAAAGCGUUGGCAAAUGACAUGAAAGACCGCUCUCUCCCUCCUCGGUUGCACGAGGAACCUUGGGGAGUACCACUAUUUGGAGAGUCCUUCUCUCUUUACCGAUGAUCUCUAAGAAAAUGUGGAGUCAAACUGCCAGUACUUGAAUUCGGACUCAAAAGGGAAAUUUAAUUUUGCAAAAGAAGCUGUGAAACAAAGACUGUGAAAGGCAGGUGCGUUUCUGAAAACAAUGCAGAACUUCCCAGCCACUCCUGUGAAAGGCAUCUAUUGGCAUAGGGCUACAGUACAGAUCUGAGGCUACUCAUGCCAGCGUCUGUUGGCUACAGAGUUGGCAACCUUCUUCACACACUCUUCUGUAUUUUUUGUGAUUUUGUCUUGAAAGCUGAGAUGCCUCGAACUAUGUUUGUUUGUUUGUUUUUUCCCUAUUUCACUCCUAGGAAAACUUUCCUGAUUCACCAUCAUUUAUGAGCUUCGUUUUACAGAAAUGGAAGAAGCCAAGUAAUUGUCUCCAUGGCAAGCGAAGAAACGACAUUUUUGACUAGGAUGGUAAAUUCCCUUUUUAAGUUUUUGCCAGUGGUGAGAAUUGAGAUGUAGCCUCCAGAACACUGGUUGCUUCUGGCUCUUUUCCUCCUCUGGUUCUGCAUCAACCCUGAAAGUUUUUUCUCACUGGUAGUCAGUCACACUGUAGAACAACAGGCUCCUUUGCCUGUGAAAAACACUGAUGAGUCCUUUUGCGCAAAAAAAAAAAAAAAAAAAAAAAAACCACCUUUGCACAAGUGGAAAAUGAGGAGGAAGAGGGUCAAAAGACAAAUGUAGACAAAUUGAUUCCGAUACUGCCCAGUAGAUCAAGGCCUCUCCUCUAUUUGUUGUUAAUCCCAUACACAUUGUGUGCUUCCCAAUGAAAAUGUUGGUUAUCCCAUGUCAGAACCAGCUCCCUUUUCUUCUUCUAAGAUAAUGGGAAAUGCUUCCUAGUUUCAUUAGGGGUAUGUGAUUUACUCUCGCUCAUUUUUCUUUUUCCCUCCUAUUAUUACAUGCUUUAUUCAUUUCCAUGCUCCCUGUUUCACACUUGGCAAAUAUCCUUUUUCCCUCUUAAAAAAAGAACUCUUAAUUGACUAUCCCUUCCUCUCCCCCUCCCCCAAUUCCCUCCUCUUAGUCCUAUCACUGAUGAAUGGCAAGGGGCAAACCAUUCUAAGUGCUUACACUGUUAUGAGAGGGGUCCUAAUUUUAAAAUUGUGGAAGUUCAGGUGGUUUUUUUAGGUUUAGGAUGGCCAGUCUGUGGCCUAGGAGCCAGUUAUCUCCCUGAAGAAUCAUGUGGUCCUUUGGAGGUUAGUAGGCCACAGGUGAAUGGUUUACGAUAUUCUGUUCUUUUAAUAAAGUCUUUGGAAGUAAGGGAGAAAAAGUUGAUAAUGUUAUGUAGGCCCCAAAAUAUUAUAAAUGGAAAUGUGGCCCUGAGGACACUGAGGUUGGCCAGGCUUGUCUCUGGUGAAGGAUCGUUUUUAAAGAUCCCCUGUUUCCUGUUUACAUUGCUGCACUACUGAUUUUUUCGAAGAUGAAGAAUAAAUAUGCUGCUCAGCCUGUGGGGGCACUUAACCCCUUUCAACUGGAA